AUGGCGGACCUCGUCGACCACUCCCCCCACCAGCCCACCAGGGCCGCCAAGCGGGACAGCGCCUCCAAUGUCGUCCUCAUCGACAACUAUGACUCGUUCACCUGGAAUGUCUACCAGUACCUCGUCCUCGAGGGCGCCACCGUGACCGUCUACCGCAAUGACCAGGUCACCGUCGAGGAUCUGGAGGCAAAGAAGCCCACCCAGCUGGUCAUCAGUCCCGGUCCCGGCCAUCCCGCCACCGACGCCGGCAUCAGCAACGCCGCAAUCCAACACUUCAAGGGCAAGAUACCCAUCUUCGGGGUAUGUAUGGGCCAGCAAUGUAUCAUUGAGUCGUUCGGGGGCAAGGUUGAUGUGACGGGCGAGAUUCUGCACGGCAAGACCUCGGUCCUGAAGCAUGACUCCAAGGGUGUCUACGAGGGACUGCCGACUUCCCUCUCCGUGACGCGGUACCACUCCCUGGCCGGAACCCAUUCCACAAUUCCCGCCUGUAUCGAAGUCUCCUCGUGGGCAGAGCUGGAGAAUGGCAGCGGCAACAGCGUGAUCAUGGGUGUCCGGCACAAGGAACUGGCCGUGGAGGGCGUUCAGUUCCACCCGGAAAGUAUCCUGACGGAAUACGGGCGAACGAUGUUCAGAAACUUCCUCAAGCUGACCGCCGGCACCUGGGCAGAGAACAAACAAGGAAAGGCAACCGCUGCGACUGCGGGGGACAAGAAGAUGUCGAUCUUGGAGAAAAUUUACGCCCAUCGCAAGGUUGCGGUGGACGAGCAGAAGAAAAUCCCGGCGCUGCGGCCAGAGGCCCUGCAGGCCGCAUACGACCUCAACAUCGCGCCGCCGCAAGUCUCAUUCCCUGCUCGCUUGAGACAGUCGGACUACCCUCUCUCCCUCAUGGCCGAGAUCAAGCGAGCCUCGCCUUCGAAGGGUAUUAUCGCGGCCGACGUGUGUGCUCCCGCCCAGGCACGAGAGUAUGCCAAAGCCGGUGCUAGCGUGAUCUCUGUCCUCACGGAGCCCGAGUGGUUCAAGGGCACCAUCGAUGAUCUGCGCGCCGUUCGCCAAAGCUUGGAAGGACUGACUAACCGCCCUGCGGUUUUGCGGAAAGAGUUCGUCUUUGACGAGUAUCAAAUCUUGGAAGCGCGGUUGGCUGGAGCCGACACCGUUCUGCUGAUCGUCAAGAUGCUCAGCGUUGAGCUUCUUACGAGAUUGUACCACUACUCGCAGAGCCUCGGAAUGGAGCCUCUCGUUGAGGUCAACACUCCCGAGGAGAUGAAGAUUGCUGUCGAGUUGGGAUCCCAGGUGAUCGGUGUCAACAACCGAGAUUUGACCAGCUUUGAGGUCGACCUGGGCACUACAAGUCGUCUGAUGGAUCAGGUCCCCGAGAGCACUAUUGUGUGCGCUCUCAGCGGAAUUUCGGGCCCUAAGGAUGUGGAGGCUUACAAGAAGGAAGGGGUCAAGGCUAUUCUGGUCGGGGAGGCACUGAUGCGCGCACCCAACACCUCCGCCUUUGUGGCGGAACUCCUGGGAGGGUCGAAGCAAAAGCCCACACCAGCAUCCGCUGUCGUGCCUUUGGUCAAGAUCUGUGGCACUCGAUCUGCAGAAGCCGCCAAAGCCGCCAUCCAGGCUGGUGCUGAUCUGAUUGGCAUUAUCCAAGUUCAGGGCCGGUCACGGUGUGUCCCGGAUGAUGUGGCACUACAAAUUGCUCAGGCGGUCAAGUCCACUCCUCGUCCCAACGCCCAGGCGAGCGAACUGUCCCAGCAAGUUUCGAAAGCAACCCCAUCAGAAUGGUUCGAUCAAUCUACGGAGAUCUUGCGCCAUCCUUCCCGCGCGCUCCUUGUGGGCGUGUUCAUGAAUCAACCACUCUCCUACGUCCUUGCUCAGCAGCAGAAACUGGGCCUCGAUGUAGUGCAACUCCACGGCUCAGAGCCUCUCGAGUGGGCCAGUUUAAUUCCCGUGCCUGUCAUCCGCAAGUUCGCGCCAGGGGAUAUUGGAAUUGCUCGCCGGGCAUAUCACUCUCUUCCAUUGUUGGAUUCCGGGGCCGGCGGAUCGGGUCAGCUACUGGAAAAAUCUGGGGUUCAACAGGUUCUUGAUAGCGAUGAAGGGCUGCGGGUGGUUUUGGCGGGUGGGUUGAAUCCGGAGAAUGUGGUGGAUACGGUGAAGAAGCUGGGUCAGUCGGAGCACAAGGUGGUGGGCUUGGAUGUCAGUUCGGGCGUGGAAUCGACGGACGGUGCCCAGGAUCUGGAUAAGAUCCGGGCUUUUAUCAAGGCAGCGAAGAGUGUUCGGCAGUGA